AGCCUGUUUUGAUAUCCCAGAUGGCAACCUACAGCGAACAUAAUGGCAGAAAUGGACUAAUUGUGAGCAUGAAGGAGUCUUUUGAAGGAAAAGUAACAAAGAAAGAAUGUGAAGGAAAGUUUGAAGCUAAACGGCCUUCCAAGGAUUUGUGCCACUCUGCCAGCUCAGCGGAAAGCAACACAAGUGGUGUGGCAAGUUUCACCACUAACCACAACUCUGUUGUGUGCCUGCCUCUGGUGUCAGAGGGACUGAAAUUGGUAUGGACACAGUCUGAUCAGACCCGUGAACUUGACACAAUCCCAGAGUUGGUCCAAGCCUUUAACUUAUUUCCAUAUCCAUCCUCCCAUGAGGUUAACACACUGGCCCGAGUAUGUGCCUUGCCACUGGACAAAGUCAAGGUGUGGUUUAUGGUGCAGAGAAUUAAAUAUGGUAUCAGCUGGUCGUCAGAGGAGAUAGAGGAGACGCGGCGGAAGCUAGCAGUGCCAGAGGUUAACGAUGAUUCUACUGAAACAAACGAGGAAGCCAAAAUAAACAGCAAGAGCAAGACUUGUGAGGAAUUAGUCAUUGAGGAUAAGGAUAGCAAGGAAGUGGAGGUUGCUCUCUCCAGCUUUACCCCCAAGAAGACAAAACCAAAGUGUGAGUCACCAGAUUCUUAUAAACCAGCUAAACCCACCACCCCUUGUUUCAGUUCCACCCUUCCCCCUCCUCAGGAUUCAUACUUCUAUCGCUCACCAGCAGACACGCCAGCAAGCACAGUGACUGAUGUCUCCCUUGACCUUUCAGAGCCAUCAUCGAGACAGCACCGUCACGGGCGCUACAAAAAGUCCAAAGCUCAGCUCGCUGCUCUUCGAAAGAGCUUUCUGAGAGAGAAUUGGCCUGCAGAGGCAGAGCUAAGACGUUUGCAGGAAGAAACUGGGCUGACCCGCAAUGACAUUCGUAAAUGGUUCAGUGACAGCCGUUAUCAGCUUAGAGUUGGCCGAGGAAGCCUGGCAGCAGCCCAGAGCUAUUCUCAACACACUGCUGUGGGAGGUAAACAUGAUCAACAAACUCAACCUCUUCCACUUAUUACUCAAAAGCCUAAUAGUGUGAAGGGGAACGAGGGACCCCGUAGCAGUGGAGCUAGACAUUCACAUUUCUUUCAGACCUUUUUGUCAAACAGUCUGGAAGCAUUUGGGGAAAGAGUACUUGAGGCAGAAGAGUGUGAUGUCAUGGAGGAGCUUUCUGGUGAUGGGGACAGUGUCAAAGACGAAGGGCAAAGUGAAGAACAGCCCUUACAAUUGACCAAGACCUGCAAGAUCGAGACAGAUGUUCCACAGGAACCAUCUGGUAUAUUAAAAUCAUCUCCCUACUCUUCCCCAGCUAGCAGCCCACCACCGACUAAUAAACAGCUUUCAAACAGUAGCAGCACAUCAAAGAAGUCCCACCCAGCCAAAGCCAGUCCCUCACAAACACCCAUUCACAUCUCAGGGGCGUCUUCAACUACAUCUUCGUCUCCUGCUCUCACUCCUGGUGGGCGACCAAGAAAGACCAAGGAGCAAUUGGAUGUUUUAAAACAGCACUUCUUGCGCUGCCAGUGGCCCAAGAGUGACGAUUACACUGAACUUGUUAAGCUUACAGGUUUACCCCGAGCAGAUGUAAUCCAGUGGUUUGGUGACACACGUUAUGCUGUUAAAAAUGGCCAGCUGCGCUGGGUAAAGGGGGUCCGUGACCAGUUCUUGGCCGAACUUGCUGUCCAGCAGAGUGGCAGUGGUUUGACUAAUGGAAGCAGCUCUGGGACAUCUAAUCGGGCUGGCGGUAGCCGUAAACGAAAAUCUCAGGCAAAUGUACCAAGUACAGAUUCUCCUGAUAUCCAGCCAUUGCUAACGUAUUACCUUUCAACAGGCUCACUACAUGAAAAAGACCUUGACUCACUAUGCAAGAAAUCAAGAAUGAGCUACCAGCAAGUGCGAGAUUGGUUUGCAUCUCAGGAUGCGGGGGAGACCGACCAGGAACAUAGUAUUACUGACUGAACCAGACAUAAGAAUCGGGCUGUGCGAUAUGACCACAAUCUCAUGUCACAAUACGCAUCAUUUCAUAUUCAGAUGAUAUAUCUCAGUAACGUAUUUUCUGUAAAUUUAAUAGAUGAAUAAAUGUAAAAUAAAUAGAUAUGGAUUUUCUCCUACAAACUUUGUUCCAACACUCGACCUGAAUGUUUCAAUUUGGCACUGUGUACCUUGGGUCAAGUUUUUACACCAACUCGCAGGCCAUAAGUUUCAACAGCAGCCCUAAGCUCCUUCCAUCUUUGCGAUUCUUUGCCAUGUGGUGCGUCAUGGGUAAAAGCCUCUUGCAGUGUCUGAGUCCGGGGUUUGUUUUAAGCACCCAACUGUACUUUUCUCGUCUGUAAUUUCCUAGUGCUCUUUGACUUGAUUCUUGGGCAGGUGGUUAUAGAGGUUGUUGUAUUUGGAGUCUGUUUGUAAAGUUCUUUUUUCUGGUCUGUGUCAGACUUUUUAUACUUAUACAACUUUCAUGCAACAGAAGUAGCACCUCUCUUAUGUAUAAGCUCCUGGUUUUGUGGGGUCUUUCUUUUUAGAAUUGCCGUAUUCUGUGCCACGUUCACGUGUCCUGCCUGCAUCCAUGCUAUGUGGAAAAACACAAAACAUCCAAAUAACAAAAACACUGCUGUAAAGAGUGAUUUACGGCUGAACGAAAUAAACAAUACUGGAUAAUGCAAAGAGACUUCUAUUGUGACACGAUAUAUAUAUCAUAUCACACAGCCCUACUUCAAAACAUUUCUAAAAGUAGGUGGAGUGCUCCUCAUGUACUUUGCAUCAACAAGCAUAGUUAUUACUUUGGUUUAAAUUGCUUUAAUUGGGGCAGUUUUGUAACAUCCAGUCUUCCCAGUACAAGCCCUUAAUAAGGUUUGUGUUUUUUAUAUAUGCUGCAUUUCCUGCUUAUCCUAAUAUAUUUGGACUGGAAUUAUAAUUGUGCUUCCUGUGUCACUGUAAAUAAGACAGUAAAUUGUACACUGGUUUGCGAUAUUUUUUUAGCUUAUCUUUUUGUUUAGAUCUCACUACUUAAGAUUUUUCUUAGUAUGAUAUUGUAGCAGUAUAAUUUAAACUGGUUGUACUCUCGGUACCUGACUAUAGCAGAUGAGUAACUGCUCCAGAAAAUGUCUGUGUGUGAAUUUGUUGACUGAUAAUUGUGUCAUAAUUCCUUCACAGCCGAUAAUUCCUUAUCAUUGAAAGCACACUGGACAUGUACACUUUAAAUUGAUAUCUUGCACUUUGGUUUCAGAGCCUGCUGCCAUUAUUUCCAUUAAAUUCAAUUCUUUCACAAAA